AUGCUCUCCUUCAUCCUCAUCCAAAACCGGCAGGGCAAAACCCGCCUCGCAAAAUGGUACGCCCCCUACAGCGACGACCAAAAGAUCAAGCUCAAAGGCGAAGUGCACCGGCUCGUCGCCCCCCGCGACCAGAAAUACCAAUCCAACUUCGUCGAGUUCCGCAACAACAAGAUCGUCUACCGCCGCUACGCGGGGCUCUUCUUCUGCGCGUGCGUCGACACCAACGACAACGAGCUGGCGUACCUCGAGGCGAUCCACUUCUUCGUCGAGGUGCUGGAUGCGUUCUUCGGAAACGUGUGCGAGCUGGACCUCGUGUUUAACUUUUACAAGGUGUAUGCGAUUCUGGAUGAGGUGUUUCUGGCGGGGGAGAUUGAGGAGACGAGUAAGCAGGUUGUUUUGACGAGGCUGGAACAUCUGGAUAAAUUGGAGUGA